GAUGGUGAAGGAUGGGCUCAAAGGGUGCAUGGGGGAAUCUCAGUGGGAACCGUCAACGAACGAUCUCGAUGUCUUCACUUCAGCUUGCCGUGGUUUGCCUGUUAUGGCCUCGAUCCGAAUACGUGAAGUUCAAUUUCAGACUCAAAGUGGCUCCGACCUUGAAUCGGAGUUUGAAUACUUUCUCAAUCUUCAAGCUGCACCUCAGGAUCUCAACCAGGAGUACUUACGAAUAAUGCGACGAGCCUUUAGGCCCCGUCUCUCGAGAAUUCGUCCACACAUUGAGAAGAAUUAUCGCGAAGUAGUCGGGAUGAUCAUUGCUGCACAAGAACCACUCAGUGUUCACAGCAUGUCGCAUCUCCUAGGAAUUGCGGAGGGAAAAAUUCACGCGAUACUAAAUCCCAUCAGCUCGAUAAUUGACGUCCCUCCAAACAAUGCAAAGGUCAAAUUUUAUCAUGCAACGGCGACGGAAUUCAUCACUGGAGUGCCCAUCGGCGACGACGAAGACAAGGGCUUCUUCAUCGAUGACCCGAAAGGAUACUUCCUCGGAUUACGAUUCCUUCGAUUUGUGAAUAAUACCAUUCACAGGAACGAAAUUGGGUUGCCCACUGAACUCCCUUUGGGAGAUAAAAAGAAGUGGGAUAAUUUUUCGAUGAAAGGGCAACCCGACUACGUCGUGUAUUCAUUCGAGUGGUUGUUUUCCCACUUGAAUCCCGCACUACUCUUUUCAGAAGAGUCUAAUGAAUUGCAAGGAGAGUUUGAACAACUCCUGCUGCAAAACUUAUUCUCGUUCUUGGCGGCUUCCCGGGCUUGGUUGCGAAAACACAAGUGGGUCUGGGAAGAAUGGUGUUAUUUGGACGAAUUCACCAAUCACGAAUUAAUCAAGCUGCUGGACGAAGCCUUCAGAUCUAUUCUUGCUGUCGAAUUCGAUCCUUGGAAUCUUUAUCGAUGUUUCCUUCCAUUCACUCCAUCGUCAUCACAUCUCCAUCGACUGUAUGGGAAACUCUCCGAUCCCGUUCGAAUCUUCAGCGUAUCUGGCGAGUUCUCCGGUGGCUUCAUUCCAUUGAGCGAGGAUGCAUGUAAGGCUAGAGAGGCCAUGGAAGCAAAGCUGACUGAGCUGCCAAAGAAGUUCCAUAAAUAUCUUAGGGAAGAAACUAAUUAUGAAGCCGAGUUCGCUGAACCCGAUGUUCGCAACGGGGUUGUGACCUGUGCGGCGAUAUCUCAUGAUGGUUCUCAUGUUGCUCUUGGUUUUGGAAGUGGGGUUAUUGAAGUUGCAGACAUCGACCAUCAGCAUACAAUCUCUCGCUUCCAAUGCAAUCCCCCCAAGCCCCCAGUUUGGAUAGAAUUUAUCGGUGGUGGUAAUGUUCGGAUUGCCACCGAAGACACUGAUGGAAAUAUCUCCAUUCUGAGUCAUGGCACGCAUUUGGUGCCUCUUGGGGCUCUUCCUACAAGUCGUCACCCUGCUAUAACUGCAUUGUCAAGCAACGGAUGUUGUAUCAUGCGAGUCCCUCGAAAUCAAGAUGAGAAUUGGUACGGAAAUGUGGCACUCUUAUAUUUUUCAGGAGAGCCAUCCACCCGGCUUCUUGCAUCUCCUUCUGCUCCUUCCGAUCCUCAGUCUCCUCAACCCUAUUACCACUCAUCCACUCCUCCACGUCACACAGCUGGAUUCUCUCCUGGAGGCCGAUAUGUAGGCGCUUUCGACAUGAACUGUGCUUUCAUCUGGUCAACGGGUACAUGCGAGGUGAUUGCUCAAUAUUGCGUGCAAGAUUUCAGAUGUUGGAUUUCAAUGCUGGCCAUUGCCACUCAUGUACAAAGUUCCGAGCCAGAUCCCACCCAUAACGCGGAUGAAUCCUGGCUGAAGUCCCCCUUUUAUGACCUCUCGCCAAACAUGGGGAAAGACCCCCGGAGUAAAGAGGACAUUAUGCUCUUUUCCUCAGUGAUAGGGGAGGCCCCAUUAAUUAUCGCUAACGGCCUCGGUACCUUGGGUGCAAAGGUCUCAUUUGAUGGAAAAGUCGAACUCGUUGUCCACCCCAGGUACAACCCAAUCUUUGAACAAUCAUAUCCCUCCAGCGAGAACGAACCCUGGUAUGGUGAUCAUGUAUUCUGGAAUUGGGAAACAUCUCUUCCAUUUUACCUUCCUCGGGCCAGCAAGGAUGGACGUCGAUUUCUGCUCCAGGGCAAACUGAGAGCUCCGGUGGUCAUCGAUAUCAGCAAAGUCGUUUAGUGCCUCAAAUGCACGUCCAUAAUUUCUCUCCUUAACUGUCUUCCAAUUCGCCGAGUAUUGAAUCGGGAAUU